CGUGGGAAUUUAGUCCAUUUUCAUUUCCAUGUCUUCCUCCAACCAGCCUAACAAUACGCUCUACAUAAAUAAUCUCAACGAUAAGGUCAAUAAGGAUGAACUUCGGUCUCAGCUACUCGCUCUUUUCACCACCUAUGGACGUGUCAUAGACAUCGUGGCAUCCAAAAGUGCGACGAUGAGAGGACAGGCUUUCCUAGUCUUCACGGACUUGGCAGGCGCAACUUCAGCAAUGCGCGCAUGUGAAGGGAUGGUUUUUUAUGAUAAACCUCUUCGUAUCGACUACGCGAAAACUAAAUCAUACGCGACAUCAAGACGAGAAGAUCCUAAUUUUGUACCACCCAACUCUGUGAAUGCUAGCGCUUUAUUGAAGCAAAACGGGAUAACGGACAAAAAGAGGUCUCGAGAUGAAGAUCAAGCUGAUGACCAACCCCAGCACAAGAAAGAGAAGAACGAUUCCGACGAUGAGGAGAUGGAAAUUGAUGACGAUGACGAUGCUCCUGCGCAAAAGUCAAGUCAUGACACGGUCUCCCCGACGGUUCCCCACCCAACUGCGCGGCUUCUGUGUACAAAUCUUCCUCAGGAAGUGACAGACGACGUCCUUUCUGUGCUCUUCCAACAAUAUCAGGGCUUCCGGACUACACAUGUCUCACAAUCGCAGGCUCCGAAUGCUGAGGGAGAUAAAGUCAAAAUGGCCCAGGUUACCUUCGUUUCAGCAGAACUUGCAUCUGUUGCAAAAGAGGCACUCGAUGGUUUUACUCUCAAGAAAGGUUGGCUAAUGUCGGUGGCGUAUAAUUAGAGGGGCCACGUUUAUACCCGCAGCCUCGAACCUAUCCAUGAACAAUGUCGUCGCAUAGCCAUUUCUCUGCUGCUAGAAAACUCACACUUUGACCCAUUCAGUUACGAAGUUUACGUCGUACACAAGAAGCUGCUUGCUUGUACUCUGAUACCACAACCUCGUAUGAUGUGAGCUGAUGCAAGAUGAUCGACUGUUAAGAAGAAGUCCGUCUUGAUGUGAGUUUAGGUCGUUGAGCCGUCAGGGUAGCGCCCCAAACCCGUCUCGGUCGGAAUGACAAAAAUGAUUGGACUGUGCUGAGCCUGAACCCGGAGAUAGCUCAAUAGAAGGAUUAUGGGUGGCAGCCCCUAUAGCUCCUGGGGUUUCUCGUACAGUCGUCUGGGGUCUGUGUAGGAGGUUGGCUAUCAAUUACGAAUAACCACAAAAUGGAACGGCU